AUGGAGGACUCUUCUGUGUUUUCCCGCAGUACACAGGACGUUUCUUCCACCAUAUCACCAUAUAACAUGUCCACUGGAGAAGAUGCCUCGAUGAGAGCGAUGCUCGAUUACGAUCCAAACGAAGACACUGGGGGUUCUGCUAUUUCACGGCCUCUUUCCAGAUCCUCAGUAACAUCGUCUCUUUCGAUGGUGGCCACCAAAGAUGGCAUAGAGGGCAGGAAAGUUCACCGUCACGGCAUACCACAGUACUCUUUAAAUAUCCUAAACUCAAUGACACCUUCAAACCCUAUGGGGAAAGUCCAUUCUAAGCAGCAACAGGGCUUUACAGGACAUGUUCUCAACCUGAAGCCCUCGUCUUUAAACUCAGGAGAACAAUUGGAUGCCAUUUCACAUUCAAAUCUGUCAGUGGGCGCACCAAUGACUCUUAAGGAAAAAAUGAAGUUGCUGAGCUACCAAGCAGGUCCGUUGCAAUACACUUCUUCGAUUGAAUCGCUUCCAGACGCCAAUGAUCGCUGCCAAAGCGAGGGCCAACGAAGCGUCACUGAUGCUAAGCGGAGCUCUAAGCCUAUUGUAGACGUGAUGACCAGCGAAACAGACAGUAACAAGAGCACAAAUGGCGAAGACUUCUCGUACUUGAGCGAUGCGAAAAAUCUCCCUCCCGCCUUUGUAUCUGUGGCCAAUCAGCAGGAUUGA